AUGUAUGAUACUUCCCUGCAUAUUCCUCCAACCACUAUAUGGCUCAGAUUUUCUGAACCAGAGGCAUAUCUACGUAUGUACUUGACAGUUCUCCAGGCACUAGAGGAUGGACUGAAGAGAGCAGAUGCAGAUCCCUCAGUGAAAGCUGUUAUGAUUUGUGGUGAACAUGGGAAAUUCAGUGCAGGAGCUGACAUUCGAGGAUUUUCUUCUCCAAAGAGACAGGGUACUGCCUUGGGCUCCAUCAUCUCUCUCAUAGAAAGGAGUGAGAAGCCUGUGGUGGCUGUGAUUGAAGGCAUUGCCUUGGGAGGAGGCCUGGAGGUGGCACUUGGCUGUCACUAUCGGAUUGCACAUGUGAAGGCACGGAUGGGUUUACCAGAGGUCACCAUUGGGUUACUUCCAGGUGCUGAAGGCACUCAGCGACUACCCAGACUGAUUGGAGUACCAGCUGCUCUGGAUAUAAUCACUACAGGAAGACACAUUCCAGCAACUGAGGCACUGAAGCUGGGCUUGGUUGAUGAAGUUGUGGAAGAAAACACAGUUGAGGCAGCAAUUCACUUGGCAAACAGAGUGAUUGGACAGCCAUUGGGACCCCGCAGGCUCAGCCUGAAGCCAGUUCCAGAAUUGCCCAACAUGGAAGCAUUUCUCAGUGAGGCUCUUGUGAAGGUGAAGAAACAGGCCUACGGAUGCCUGGCUCCAGAGCUGUGCUUCCAGGCAGUCAAAGCUGCCACAGAGCAGCCCUUUGCAGAUGGAGUCCGGAGGGAACGAGAGCUGUUUAACAUCCUGCUGACUUCAGGCCAGGCCCAAGCACUGCAGUAUGCUUUUUUUGCAGAGAGAGCAGUGCAGAAGUGGACAACACCCAGUGGAGCUUCAUGGAAAAGUGCUUCCCCUCAGCCCAUCCACAAAGCAGCUGUGAUAGGGCUGGGAACAAUGGGACGAGGCAUUGUGACUUCUCUGGUUAAGGCCAACAUACCUGUGGUAGCCCUCGAGCAGAAUCUGGAGUAUCUGAACACAGGAAGAAAAGCUGUGAUGCUCCUUUUGGAACGCGAAGCUAUGAAAAUGGGGCAGGGUGCCCAUACCCUGGAUUUCCAUAACCCUGCACACCUCCAGUUCACUGUGAACUUUGAUGUGUUGCGCGAUGUAGAUCUAGUUAUUGAGGCUGUGUUUGAGAACAUGGCACUAAAGAAGGAAAUAUUCCACAAGCUAUCAAAAAUCUGCAAGCCAGGGGCCUUUCUGUGUACAAACACAUCAGCCCUGAACAUUGAUGAAAUAGCUUCUGCCACCAGCCGCCCAGAGCAGGUCAUUGGCACACACUUCUUCUCUCCUGCUCAUGUGAUGAGGCUAUUAGAAAUAAUCUAUGGCCAUCACACAUCCCCCACCACCAUUGCCAGUGCUAUGCAGCUAGCCAAAGCACUGAAAAAAGUUGGAGUGGUGGUAGGGAAUUGUUUUGGGUUUGUUGGGAACCGAAUGAUGUAUCCAUAUGUUCAACAGGCAGUUUUCCUUUUAGAGGAAGGAAGCAAACCAGAAGCCGUAGAUCAGGUUCUUGAAGAUUUUGGGUUUAAGAUAGGACCUUUCCGAAUGUCUGAUCUUGCUGGGCUGGAUGUGGGCUGGAGGUCUCGAAAGGGCCAGGGCCUCACCGGGGCCUCGCUACCUCCAGGAACACCUGCCCGCCAGCGGCAUGGCCAUCGCUACAGCCCACUGCCAGAUCUUCUGUGUGAGAAUGGCAGGUUUGGCCAGAAAACUGGAAAAGGCUGGUAUCAGUACGAGAAGGCUGGGGGCAGGACAGCCAAGCCAGAUCCAUGGCUUCACGACUUCCUGGCCCAGUACAGAGACACCCAUCACAUCAAGACCCGCUUUAUAGACCAGGAGGAAAUCCUGGAGCGGUGUUUGUUUUCCCUCAUGAAUGAAGGGUUUGACAUCCUGGCUGAGGGAAUAGCAUCUGGCCCGGAACACCUGGAUGUAAUUUAUAUCAAUGGCUACGGGUGGCCAAAGCACAGGGGUGGCCCCAUGUUCUAUGCUUCCACCGUUGGGCUCCCUCGCAUUCUGGCUAAACUGCAGAAAUACUCAGAGGCCCACCCUGAUGUUCCUGGGCUACGGCCCAGUGCCUUUUUGAAAAAGCUGGUAGCUGUGGGGAACCCUCCCCUCAAAGAGUGGAUGUCCUUCCUAAGCUGGCAGAGCAACAAGCUGUGAUUUCGUUGAUGCCUGCUAUAUAAAUUCAAUGGAGGCUGAUCUCAUGAAAUAGGUGCUGUAAUUGCACCAUCUUUUCCAGUCAAAACCAAAGUGCUACAGGCUCGUAAAUGAUGUCACUGACCUUCCUGGGCAUCUGCAGAGAAUAACUUUGUCUGAUGAUUGAUCUUAAUCUCCCUCUUGCUGCAGGUAACCACUGCCAUCACCCACCCUCCCCACCACCAACCUUACCCACCUGCUUUGCACAUUGCUGUGUAAAGGCCCAUCUCGUUUUGCUCUGCCUUCAGGUCUUCACAGCUGUACACCUCUUCCAGUCUGUCUUUGUGGAGGGGAGCGAGCAGCAUCCACAGCCCACAAAGCACAUUGGGGUAGGAGGCAAGAGAGAGAUGAUCACAAUUCACCUGAGACUGACUGGAUCUACCGGAUCCUGCCCUAAGGCUAUUUCCCAGUUUGUUCAGGUCUUUCCUUGUGCAGCCCACCUCCACUAGAUUCCCUGUCUCUCCCAAAGACAGCCAGCUGGAGCCUGCUCCCUUCCUGCUGCUGGGGGAGAGAUGGCAGAAGGGGUGCAGCACC